GAGCUCGUUGAAUUGAUCUGGUUUUUUGAAUCCCAGGAGCUUGAGCUUGAGCUCUUCUGAGGCCAAAAAGGUCACGCUUACAAAAAUGUCUACAGAUUUUCCUAAUACUGAACUAGAAGUCAACGUAUUGGAAUGGCUUCGCCAAUCUCCAACGAGGACGCCUCUGCUUUCCGAACAACUGUCGACUCCGCUACCGGAACAACCGACUCCGACGCCGACUACGACUACGAUCCUCGACGGCAACCCGGAUCUCAAUCAGAAGAUCGAACGUGUGCUUCGAAAUUUAUGCGGAGGGCGACAUGGGCCUUUGCUACUUCAAUUUUGGACAAUCACAAAAAUGGGCAGCCGGUUUUCUCUUAAAACUCAAAUUUCACAUUCUUUUCCUGUAACACCUAAUGAUGCACUUACACGGUAUUGGGUGACGUCUCACGGUAAUGAAAUUAGCUUGCCUGCUCUUUCCCGUGUGUCCAUGUCCGACUUUGGUUGGUGUGGCUCUCCUUUAGCAACUUUGUUUUUGACAGCGUAUUUGCCUUAUAAGGAGAUUUGUGUUGGUAUGCUUCAAAUAGUAUCCUACACCAAAGAGACAUGUCUACAAUUUUUCAGGAAAGCUUGUGUUCGUGACCGCUUUCAGGUUUGUUCCCAACCCAUAUAUCUUAGACAUGCUCAACAUUAAUUCAUGUGAAAUAUAUAGUUUUCAGUUGAAUUUUCUCUCAACUUUAGUAUUUAAUAGUAAACAACUCAUAGGGUACCGUAAUAUAGAUGCCAAAGUUUCCGUGCGGUUUUGUCAACUUUGCCAAAAAAGUUGCGUUUUGGAGUUCUUCCCAAAAAAGUCAAAAUAGCUUUUUAUCAUUAAAAUCAUGGGAAAAUCGGUUUAAAGUCCCUAUCCAACUUUUAGUAAUGGAUUAGGUCUACAAUGUGUUCUUUUGUAGCCUAAGGUCCCUCAAUGUUAUUUUAGAGUGUAAAAUACCUGUCUUACCCUUAUUUAUAUUAUACAUUAUUUUGAAUUUGACAGCUACAGAUCAUAUUGAUAUUUUGUGGGAGAUUACGUGAGGAUGAACUUGACGAUUCAGAUUUUUGUGGAGAUUUUCUAGGGUUUUUGUAGGUGUUGAAAUCUUGUUCGUUGUUUAUAGGUGUUGAAAUCCUGUACGAGUUGAAAUCAUGUUCGUUGUUUGUAGGUGUUGAUCGAUCGUGUAGGAGUUGAAAUCUGGUUCAUUGUGUUUGAUUUGAUUUCAUGUGGAGUUGCUUUUUCAUUCUCUGUCAACAUGGUUAUGAGUUGCUUUUUGGUGCUCUGUUUUUCUGCGUUUUUGUACUCUGUUUUUUGUUCACUUUGCAUUUUUUGUGUAAUGCAGAGAAAAUUGCAGGUUUGUUACUAUAAUUGAACUCAAAUCACAGAGAAAAUUGUAAGCUUGUAGUGCAGUGAAAAUCACAGAGAAAAUUGUAAGUAGGCAGAGAAAUUUACAGAUGUAGCAAUAGAGUAGUAAGUGUUUUGUUUUUU